GCGUGGGGUGUCUUCGCUAUCCGGAGAGACAUUUUCAAAGAUAACUUCCCCUUUCUCUUUGUUGGCUAUUAUAAAGCACAGAUUAACUUCUGAGAGCCUCUCUUUGUUGUACAGACUUAUUAGCACACUCAGAAUGGAAGUCGUAAAGUCAAAGAUACUAGGAUUAGGCCUAGCUACUUUAGGUUUGAUCGGGGCCAUUGUGUCCUGUGCUUUACCCAAGUGGAAGGUCUCCGGCCGGUUAAGCACUGUGGCAAAGCCGAUCACCAAAUGGGAGGGAAUCUGGGAGAGAUGUGAGGAUAGCACCGGAGAGAAGCUGUGUGAAAUCCAGGACUCCAUGACCCUCAGCUCGGACCUGCAGGCGGCCCGGGCUCUGUGCAUCGUCGUUAUCGUGAUGGGAGUGCUUGGAAUUUUCUUCUUCAUCGUGGGCGCCGUGGGCGCCAUGUGCUGUGAUCGAGUUAACCUGUAUGUUGUGCAGAUCAUCUCUGGUGGCACCCUCAUUUGCGCUGCCAUCUUGCUUUUGAUCCCCGUGUGCUGGGUGGCUCUCAGUACCAUCAAGGCUAUCUUCAACCCUGUCACCAGCCCUGGCAUCAUUGAGGCUCCAAAACAGUUAGGUGCAUCUCUGUGGUUGGGAUUUGCAUCCAGUGCCCUGCUGUUCGGUGGAGGGAGCCUUUUGUGCUGCAGCCGCCUCCCAGAUAGUGUUAUAACGGUUGUUCAGAAAGCUGCAGAUGAAUUAUUGUAACAAGCUACUUAAUUGGUGAGAACAUGCACUGAAUUAAUGUCACAGGCUGUUUCAUGUGAUAUGAUUUUAUCUUUGUAUGCCAAGUAUUUUUAAACCAACUUAAUAUGUAAUCCUUAGAAACAAUAUAAACCUGUGAUGUUGGGAAUAUAUGCAUGACGGCUCUUGAAUUAAAUGUUUGGCAAAUGAAAGACACAUAUACAGUCUUAUAUAAACUAGUUUAUUAAAUUAGAGUAGAGAGGAAAAAACUUAUGUAUUAGAAAAGAAUAUAACAAGAGGUUGUAGCAGCCGAUAAUGUAGUAACGUCCAAUAACGUAAUUAUUUUAUUCUAAUAAAGCCAAUAAUGUAAUAAUUUGCCAAUGUAAUAACAUUUAUGAAUCAAUAAUGUAAUAACGUUUUGCCAAUAGUGUAAUAAGUUAUUACAUUAUUAUUGGCUGGUCAUAAUGUUAUCGGCUUGCUUUGGGAAAAACUAUAAAACUGUAAUAACUGCAGCCAAUAAUGAAAUAACAUACUGAUAUCACUUCAUUUAAAGUUUAUUUACUGGAUAUAAAGUGUCACACUUCCAUAGCACAGUACUUAGAUUUUCCAAAUAGCUUAAAAUCUUGACCAUAAACACCCUCUCUGUCUUUGUAUGUAUUUCUUUUCCUCAUUCUUCUUUCUUAUUAAAUUACUGAUUUAUUAUAAAGUAAUGUUUCAUUAAUAACUGUAAUAAAUACA